UUUUUUGGAACAGAAUUGAAAUUUUUGAAGAUAAAAAGUCAAAGAAGAUCCCAUUUGAAAGAAAAAUUAGUUAAUUUGGGUUUAUUUUCCUUUACUUUAACACCUGCAUUUGAAAGCCAGUCUCAGAUUCACAUCUCAGAUUGUCAUCCAGAUGGUAUUAGUGAUGGCUUCUUUUUCUAGCAUGAGAUGAAAUUCAAGUUUCUUCCCACUUCAGGAUAAAUGUAUUACUAUGCAUCUAAUUCAGUUACUGGCACACUAUUGCUUCUGUUUUCUGAGGUAAGAAUCAACAGUGGUUUUGGUAUUUGUCACCAGGUCUUGAGGAUCUUAAGACUCAAGCCAAAUUUUUAAACAAGUUUAUAGUUUAAAUUUCACUUUUUUUCUGGCUCAGACUGUGUUUUAGGGCAAUGUUAUCUGAAGAGCAAUUCAAACCAUAGGAUUAUUUGGCCUAAAAUGGCUGAAGAAAUUAUGUAUUGUUUUUUGUAUCACAGUACAUCCUGAGAUCAUCUGAAAUAUAUUGCUAUCUCAUGCCCUUAAUUUUAGUGGGACCUGGAUUUUAAUUCCCCUGGUUUACAAGGUGGCUGGUGGGAAUGGUUCACACUGAAGGUUCCUGCAAAGCUGGAACUGGUGUCUGAUCACUGAGAGGGUGAGGGCAGGGCUGAGCUCAGAAAGGUCACACCACAUGUGCCUCCCUCGACAUGCUCUGCAAAGUGACAUCGUUGGAGCAGGGCAGAGUGUCACCUGGAGCGCACACAGAGCCCCUGUCACUGUGUCAGCAGGGACCAUCAGAGCUGUGUUAGGGGCUGUGCUGCAGCCCCUGGAGCCAGCACUUAACAGGGUACAGCACUUUCUGCUAAGUGUUCAGGGCAGUAGCACAGCUAUUGCCUAACGUGUAUUCCUUCUGGAUUGUAGCAGCUGUCCCUCUGGCUCUUCAAGGACGUGUGGGUCAGAGUUGCUUUACAUCCAAGUAUAUUCUUCCAUCCUUUGUCAUAUAGGAACUGAAGACCUAUAAUGGCUUCCUUGUUUUGGUGUCUCUUUUAGAAAGAGUGUCUGAAAUAGGGAGCCAAUACCAAAUUUGGGGUUCUUUUUUUUAACCUCAUUACCUGUCUAAGCAUUCAUAGGACUCUGAUGCAUUCAGCUGCCAGGAUGAAAUUCUCCAGGCUGGCUUUUUACACAAAAGGAUUUUGUUUUAAACAUUUAAAGUGUGAAAAUGUUUCUGUUUAUAGAAAUAAGUCACCUUUGACCAGAAAUGGAAAGCUUCAAUAUAGAAGAUAGCAAAACAACAACAACAAAAUCUGUGUGACUGUCACUGCCAUGACUUUGACAGCAAAAGUUGUGACUUUUAGGGUUUUUCCACAAGCUGUUGGAGAAAACUCCGUAACUGAAUGAGGCCAGAGAAAAAAAAUGUGAGUUAGUAAAAUAUCAGAAUGUCUUUCCUGUGGAAAACACUGGUAUCAUGAAAAGUGUUUUCAAACUGAGUAUUGAAAGUAAAAGAGGUUGUAUUUUGAGUAAGCUUACAGUAUUGGUGGUGUAGCAAAAUGUUGAUGUGAGGUCCCUCUCCCAGGACAGGUCCAUUUCCGUUCCAGGUCAAACAGCCUUUCCAGAGGGUACAUAACAGUGCUAGGAGUGGUAACUAAGAGCCCAGAUUCCUGUCCCCCAAGUGAGUGUCUCCCCAGAGCAUUAUGAAGUUGAAUUCCUCACUCAGGUCCUUUGACAGUUGCAUUUCUUCUCCUGCCAUUUUGUGUCUCCAGCAGAGAUAACAUUCCUUGUCUGUAGCUUGGUGCCAAGGACCCUCUCCUUGGGAGGCAGGAGCUUCAAAGGCCAUGAAGACUAUAAGCCGUGGCUAAAAAUCCUUUGCUGUACCUGAGAAAAUGAAUGUCUUCAACUGAGGAAAGAGAUUGGGCAUGGAUCUCAACUGGGUUGUUCUUUCCAUGGGAAGGACUCUGGAGUGCAAGAGAGAGGCUCUCAAAGGGCAUGCCUGCCAUCAGAUCCCUGCUCUUUUCAUCAUGUUCCAGUGCCUCUGAAAUACUCAGCUUUACAACCACAACAAGUUGCUGUGAGGCUCUGAACAUGAGUACCCAGCCACACACUGUGACCAAGGAAGAGAUCCCUGGCCAUGUUCUUUACACCGUAGGAACGUGUGUGCUUAUUAUUGGCUCCAUUGGCAUCAUAGGAAACCUCCUAGUUCUCUACGCAUUUUACAGCAACAAGAAGCUGAGGACUCCCCAAAACUACUUUAUAAUGAAUUUAGCUGUGAGUGACUUCCUGAUGUCGGCUUCUCAGGCACCCAUGUGCUUUGUCAACAGCUUGCACAGAGAAUGGAUACUUGGAGACAUAGGCUGUAACUUGUAUGCUUUCUGCGGGGCUCUCUUCGGGAUCACCUCGAUGAUGACUCUGCUGGCUAUCUCUGUUGACCGCUACCUGGUGAUCACCAAGCCCCUGCAGUCCAUCCAGUGGACUUCCAAGAGACGCACCGUGCAGAUCAUCGCCGUCGUGUGGCUCUACUCACUGGGAUGGAGCGUGGCUCCGCUCCUCGGCUGGAGUUCCUAUGUGCCUGAGGGCUUGAUGAUAUCCUGUACGUGGGACUAUGUCACCUACUCCCCUGCAAACAGAAGUUACACCAUGAUUUUAUGCUGCUGCGUGUUUUUUAUUCCCCUGGUAAUAAUAUUCCAUUGCUAUUUAUCGAUGUUCCUGGCCAUAAGGCGUACUGGCAGAGAUGUUCAAAAGCUGGGAUCCUGCAGCCGGAAAUCCUACCUCUCUCAGUCCAUGAAGAAUGAGUGGAAGCUGGCAAAAAUUGCUUUUGUGGUCAUCAUUGUGUUUGUCUUGUCCUGGUCUCCUUAUGCUUGUGUCACCUUGAUUGCCUGGGCAGGUCGAGGCAACAGCCUAACACCAUAUUCCAAAUCUGUGCCAGCAGUUAUUGCCAAAGCUUCUGCAAUCUACAACCCCAUCAUAUAUGCAAUAAUUCACCCAAGAUACAGAAAAACCAUCCACAAAGCUGUUCCCUGCUUGAGGUUCCUGAUACGAAUAUCAAAGAAUGACCUCCUGAGGGGAUCCAUAAAUGAGUCAUCAUUCAGGACCUCUCUUUCCAGCCACCACUCUCUUGCUGGCAGGACCAAGAGCACUUGUGUUUCCUCCGUUUCUACUGGAGAAGCUACCUGGAGCAAUGUAGAGCUUGACCCUGUAGAGCCAGAUCAUGAGAAACUGAAGCCUGGACGAAGUCACUCUUUCUCCACAAGUCUGAGACAAGACAAGAGAGACCUGCUCCCAAAGACCUGCAGCUGUGAUGAAGCCUUUGCAGAAAAGGUUUCUCUCUCCUCCAGCUGUUUGGAGAAAGUGCUUGGGCAGCCAGUCAAACCCAGUCCCUCUGCAGCACUUGUGACCAGCUCCCUGAGAGCAACUUCUCUGCCUGUCGGGUUGAAUAGCAGCAGUGUCAGCAGAGGAGACUCAAGUACUUCCCACAUGGCAACUCAAGGAAGUCAAGUGAAUGGAGUUCUGGAUUCUGUCAUUAGCAAUGCAGUCCCUCGCAUCAUCAUCAUUCCUACCUCAGAGACCAAUCUGUUUCGGGAAGAACUGGAAGAGGAAGAGACUGAAUUAUUCCACUUUCAUGACAAAAAGGGCAAUCUGCUGGACUUGGAAGGGCUUAGCUCAUCCAUGGAAUUCCUUGAAGCUGUUGAGAAAUUUCUAUCAUAAGUUUCUCAAAAGAAAACUUUCCGGUAAUUAUUUUCUUGGCAUCUUCUCCACUUAAUUAUACCAAAUAACUGAAGCCUUGUAGGUUAGAUCAUCAGAUUUUUUUUGUAUGUUUAUAUGCUAGUCACUAGGCAGCCUUCAGAUUUAUCUUUGUCCAAACCAGCUCAGGCGUGGAAACAGGCUUUCUUUCAGAUUGUGCUGCAGGAAAUGAGCAGUGGAAGAUCUGGCAGCAUGAUCAAGUGGCAUUGGUCAAGGAGGCCGCCUGAUUUGUUGCCACUGGUGGGGGUGCCAGCAGAAAGGAAAAUGACUGACUGAGAGCAGGGUCAGCUCCUGAAUGUUUCUGCUAUCUGCACAUGGAACUGUGUUCCCAUUUUGGCAGCUCUGUUCUGGACAGCGAUGGGAAGCACCACACGACCACAGCUUCCACCAGCCCCAGCAGUAAGGCAGAUGGAUACAUGACCUCAACUACAGUUUAAUCAAAUCUCAGCAUUGUUUUUGUUGUGUUUUAUUUUUUAAAUAGGCAGCUUGCUAAACAUAAAGAAAGAAACUGGUUUUUCACUGGAAAGUGACUGCUUUCAAGUGUCGCUAAUCCUCUGAAGUUUAGUGGUAGAAAUCUGGCUUUUACCUCAGCUUUAGCAUGGUCAUCUAAAUGUCAAAAUGCAAGGUGCUAUAUGCUAAAACAUACACUGCCAUAGAAGCAUUCAGAGUACCUUCAGACUUAAAUCCUGAUUAAAUAUGUAUGCAUCCUAAUGAAUCUGUGAUUGAAAGGGUGAAUGCUCGCAGCUGGCUUGACAAGUCACUGACAAAAAUAAAGCCUUGGCUGCUGUAUAUUACUUGUCUGUUCAGAGGAGAUUCUUCUCAUCUCUAAAACAAACCAGCAGAUGUCUUUUACAGGUCACUUACCAGAGGCCUUCAAAGUGGGUAAAACAUCAUCCUGGGGAGAAAAAUGCACAGUACUGUGGUGUUUGUUACAGGAUUUGCACUCACAUCAUUAUCUGUGGUUACUAAUUGUGCUCAUUUUAUCUGUGCUUCACAUUAUGGUUCAGGCUCACAGGACUGUCCUAGCAUUUUAUUCCUAACUGCAUUCUUCCUUUCAUCACUCAUUUUCCCAUUUCUCCAGGUCUACCCCUUCAGUCUCUGAUUUUCAAACCUAGACAACAAGCUGAACUACAUUGUUCUUCAGCUAAUACCAGUAUAUAUUAGUAGAAAGCAGGUGCUCCUCUGGAUAUAACAGUGCAAAUAUUUGGUCCAGUGAGACUAAUAGUGUUCAGACAUUCAACAAGAGAGUGAGAGUUUAUGUUCAUAGUCUCAGUUUAUUUCCUUGGCUGUAUCCUAUAUUGUGCAAGAGAUCACUGAGAGAAUUUCCAGGUUUUGUGUAUGCACUGGCUGAACUCGGGAAGUAAUUUCUCUUUGCCUGUUUUCUUGAUGCAAAAACCAGAUGGAAAGCAUAGAAGUGUUUUUAAUUACUGUUUUCAUUACAAAAAAAGAUAACACAAAUUUUGUUUGCAGCAAGCUAGACCGGAACACCACUAAAGGACAAAUUAAACCCAAAGCAGUGCAGGAGAGAGAAGAAUGCUUCCAAACUUGCAGACCUAGGGCUCUGCAAGGUGCCAGCACAGCAGACCUUCAAGAGGACUGAGACACUUGCUUUUGAUACAGACUGUACAAUUUUUAGAAAAAGACAAAAAAAAAAAGCACUGGUGGGUUACAGAGGCAAUUGCUGUGCCAGGCUGCCUAAUGCAAUGCUGACACUCUUAAUGCUGCUAUUUUUUGAGGUGCUCUACUGGGUAGAGACCCUCAUGCUUCCUUACCAUGGAAAGCAGGGAGGAAAUCGGUGGUGGAGCCACAUCAUGCAUGUGGUUCCCUUUGUGUAGCCCUGGUGUGUGGUGCUGGGGGACCAAGGCUCAGCUGGGGCAGCAGCAGGCUGCUGUUCCUGCAGCCAGGCUGCCAAAGCCUGUGCCCACUGCAUGCUGAGUUUUCGGACGGGUCCAGGAAUCAUGCCAAGGUCAUCUACAAUGAGCUCAGCAAUUCCAAGGGCAAUUCCUCCAUUUGAGGACUGGCACAGUGAGCAGAGAGUGCAGGACAGCUGCCGGGGACUGGGACAGGGACGUGCUCACUUGCAGUUCCACAGUGCCAGGUUUUCAUCCACUGCAUAGUUUUGGCCACAAUGAGUAAUCAAAUCUUAAUUAUGUAUUAUGCUCAUGAGAAAUGGGCAGGCCUAGUCCUCAGCCAAACAUACUGUCCUGCCAUCUUGGAUUCUCGUCCUUUUUUUUUUUGCUGAACCUGCCCUCUGAUUUUUUUUUUUCCCUACACUAUGCAGUCAGUGACCUUACUUAUUCUUGCAUUUUAAAUCCUCAGCUGCUGUAUCUCCUUUCACCUUGAGCCAGAUGUUAGGAAGCAAGUGUUCUUUCAGGGCUUCCAAGCCUUAGACCUGACUUUCACUGUUGUAAUUACUCCAAAACAAGAAUAGAAAAUGCAUUUGGUGUUCCAUGUUAUAAAAACAUGCUCUGGAGUAGAUUUUGCACUCAGAUUAUGACAGAUUUAUACAGGUAAGACUGUAGGCAAGGUAUUGCCAUAGGUUUUGGCAGGAUGAAGGAAGGAGGACCUGAAGUCAUAGUCAACAAAUUCCUCUGUGUCUGAAGUCUUGCAUUCUACUUGUUAGCCUACAGAAAGACUCUCCAGUGAUCUCUUGCAUGUGUUUGGUACUGUUACUGUGCUGGUACUGUGAGCAUGUCUCAGAAAAUUAGCAGGCUUGAGGUAUGUGCAAACAAUGUUUCACUUUUAUGCUGUUAGUGUCAUACACUGUUAGUACCAUUGCUUCAGAAGCUACUGUCAAGAUCACUGCUUAUUGAAACUGAAGCAGGCUAAAAUUCCAAACGGGAUAGUGGUAGAUAAAACACGAAGUUGUACGAAAUAUCGGAUAGACUUACUGCAGUCACUGUGAGACUUCCACAGAAACAUCAGUCACAGAGUAAAUGGGUCUCAAAUUGACUACCACAAUGCAGGAAAAUUUUGCAAGUUUCUCUGUUGCCACAUUAGAAUAGAUGGCACAUAAAAAUGUACACUAAUUAUUGUUGCUUCCUGUUUCACAAAGGAAUGUAUUGGUUCACUCAAAUGGAAUAAAAAAUUCUUAGGAAUUAAACUGAA